GCUGUUGCACCAGGAGGACAGUCAUUGAAAGAGAUGGAUGGCAUGACAGGUGUUCUCCUUUUGCUGUGGGCUGGUGUCACAGCGAGCACAGCGGUGGAUCUGCAGAAAAGAAUCUUUAAUGGUCACGAAUGUGACAAAAAGGAGCGUCUGUACCAUGUGAAACUAACUGAUGAGAAUAAUAACUUAAAAUGCGGUGGCUCUCUGAUCAGUUCCCAGUGGAUUCUCACUGCGGCUCACUGCUGGACGGAUGAGCCCAGGCAAGCAGUUUUAGGUGUGCAUCCAGGUCCAGGAAGAACAAUGAACGUCAUAAAACAUCACCAGUUUAAGAAACAUGACAUCAUGCUGCUGCAGCUAUCUGAAAAAGUUACUGACAUUGAACCUGUAAAACUUCCUAACUGUUCCCAAGCUCCCGAACUGUGA